AAUUAGAUCACGGUUUAGAUCGUGGAUGUUCACAUAGUACUUAGUAAAUAUUCUUGUUUGAACUUGUAACCAAGCAUGCUGAAUUGCCGCACACUGUUGUGAUUUUUAGAUAGACUAGUGUACACUCAAAAUUAUGUGUGAACUUCGCGAUUUUCCCCGCAACGUUUCCAUUCCAAAUUCCGACCGUAACGUACUAUAUGGGUCAGCGCACAUGCUGUCUUGCAGUGUUCCCUAAAAGAGGGGCUGGUUGGUAAGAGCGUCUGUCACGCCCCAUGCGACUUGAUCCCGUUCUUGGGUUUACCACAGUCGUACGUACAUACUGUGGUAGAUACGUACGACAUAAGAGUUAUGGGAGUCCAGACGAGUUCAAUUGAGUCGUGUCUUCAGAGUUAGCUCUAUUCGGAUCCAACUAUUGCUCGGUAGGACUUAACGUCAGCACGGGCGGAACAUUUGUAAGACAUUCUUGAGGACAGAACUGUACAUCGACUUGCGUGCCCUUUAUAGAACUACUGGGGACCUUGAACCUCUUGACGUAAUGCUUAAUAAAGGCACGCGAGAUCUUAAGUAGAUCGACGGCUGUGGAGAGUUCACACUCGAACUAUAUUAUUCUGGUCGUCGGACCAGAACUCUUGCGUACAGAGUUGGAGAAUACUUGGUUCGCGGUGUGAACGGACUGAUUCGCGUUAUUAAAGCCGACGGCUGCGACACAGUAUAUGUGGUAUCCCAUGACAGCACUUCGUAUUUCCCAUGCUCAGGUUCUGGCAAUGUCUAAGUCAGCGCCUUCUUAGGAACCCUAUGUUGGCACUUUCGGCUUUGCCCAAGUUCGCCGGAGGAAAGGACACCUUUAGGAACCCGAUGAGGAAGAAAAGAUCCUUUCCCGUGAUAUCGUCUCUCCAACGAGCUUCACGGGCGAGGCCGCGCUCGGGUCCCGGGCGUUUUGAGAGCUGAUGCUGAUACUUGAGACGCCUGAAACGAAAAUCUCAACAUCAGGCACGACCAUUUAGCUGAUUGGCGCAUGCAGAGAAGACGAAUGACGAACAUGCAAGCUCCGUCGUGAAGGUAAAAU